CUGAGAGUCCUUGGCCUGGGGCGGGGAGGGCCGCUGGUCUCUGCAAUUGCAGCUCCUGGGAGCAAGCUGGCCGGGGAUGGUGGUUUCCUUGUAACUGGAGCCGCCACUGGCGACCUCCCACAGGCUAAUUCUUGUUGGGCGUUUCUUCAUUAGCCUUUCUCUUUCUCCCUUCCCCUUCUCUCCAUGUCCCUGUCUCUCUCCCUCUAUCUCUUCCUCUAUCUGCCUCUCUUUCGCUCUCCCUCUGAAUUUCCCUGGCUCUCCCUUCCCUUCUGAGCCCCAUGCCCUGUCAUCUGCCCCUAACCCCCCUUUCUCUCUGUAGGCGGGUCUCUGCCCCUGAGCUUCCCUCUGUAGGCGGGUCUCUGCCCCUGAGCUUCCUCAUUACGAUUCCCAGUCCCCGUUCUAGGCCUCAGGAGCUCACCCUCUGCCUGCCCUGCAAGAUGCUGCAGCUGAGCCUGUCCUGGCUGGGACUGGGGACGCUGGCAGCCUCCCCGUGGCUACUCCUGCUGCUGCUGGGAGCCUCUUGGCUCCUGGCCCGCUUCCUGGCCUGGAUCUACACCAUCUAUGACAACUCUCAUCGCCUCCGAUGUUUCCCGCAGCCCCCAAAGCGGAACUGGUUUUGGGGUCACAUGGGCAUGGUGAAGAGCAAUGAGGAGGGCUUGCGGCUGAUCGAGGAGCUGGGCCACUACUUCCGUGAUGUCCACCUCUGGUGGAUGGGGCCUUUCUACCCUGUCCUGCGGCUCGUUCAUCCUAAGUAUGUGGCCCCCCUGCUCCAGGCCCCAGCUACCGUCGCACCCAAGGACAUGGUCUUCUAUAGCUUCAUGAAGCCCUGGCUGGGAGAUGGGCUUCUGCUGAGUGCUGGUGACAAGUGGAGCCACCACCGCCGCCUGCUGACCCCCGCCUUCCACUUUGAAAUCUUGAAGCCCUACAUGAAGAUCUUCAACAAGAGCACAGACAUCAUGCACGCCAAGUGGAAGCGCCUGGCCUCAGAGGGCAGCACCCGCUUGGAUAUGUUUGAGCACAUCAGCCUCAUGACCCUGGACAGUCUGCAGAAAUGUGUCUUCAGUUUUGACAGCAAUUGCCAAGAGAGGCCCAGCGAAUAUAUUGCUGCCAUCUUGGAGCUCAGUGCCCUGGUGACAAAGCGGGCCCAGCAGAUAUUCUUGCACCUGGACUUCCUGUACUACCUCACCCCUGACGGGUGGCGCUUCCGCCGGGCCUGCCGCCUGGUGCACGAGUUCACGGACGCCGUCAUCCGGGAGCGGCGGCGCAUCCUCACGAGACAGGGUUCCCACGCCUUUCUCAAAGCCAAGGCCAAGGCCAGGACUCUGGACUUCAUUGAUGUGCUCCUGCUGGCCAAGGAUGAAAACGGGAAGGGGCUGUCGGAUGAGGACAUCCGAGCUGAGGCUGACACCUUCAUGUUUGAGGGCCAUGACACCACUGCCAGCGGCCUCUCCUGGGUCCUGUACAACCUCGCGAGGCACCCGGAAUACCAGGAGCGCUGCCGGCAGGAGGUGCGACAGCUGCUGGGCGACCGUGAGCCUCCAGAGAUAGAAUGGGACGACCUGGCCCGGCUGCCCUUCCUGACCAUGUGCAUCAAGGAGAGCCUGCGCCUGCACCCCCCGGUCACCGUCAUCUCCCGCUGCUGCACCCAGGACGUCUUGCUUCCUGAUGGCCGGGUCAUCCCCAAAGGAAACAUCUGUGUCAUCAGCAUCUUCGGGGUUCAUCACAACCCGUCAGUCUGGCCGAACCCUGAGGUAUACAACCCCUUCCGCUUUGACCCUGAAACACCCCAGAAGAGGUCACCUCUGGCAUUUAUUCCCUUCUCAGUGGGGCCCAGGAACUGCAUCGGGCAGACGUUCGCCAUGGCAGAGAUGAAGGUGGUGCUGGCGCUCACGCUGCUGCGCUUCCGCGUCCUGUGCGACGAGGCCCCGCCGCGCAGGAAGCCCGAGCUCAUCCUGCGUGCAGAGGGCGGCCUGUGGCUGCGGGUGGAGCCGCUGCGCGCGGACCCGCCCCGACCCUGCACACAGCCCCUCGCAGAUUCCUAGGAGAAAACCCAGCUGUCACCACCCCUGCUGCAGCCUCACUGAGAGCCAGGGCUGCGGGGACCCAGGGCGGGGGCGUGGCUGGGUGGAGGGGGCUGGUGUCUCUAGCAGACCACAGGGCCCACACCAAUCGAACGGCGGGUUCUCCCUGAGCCCACGCAUGGACUUGAUAGCUUGGGUAAUGGGGAGUCCCCGGGAGGUGUUUCAGCAGGAAGGAGCCAGGCGGAAGGACGGAUCCACGGGGCACAUUUGGGGCCCUGAGUCACACAGGAGGACCCAACGUGACACCACGCACACUGGCCAUGCUGACCUCAGUUCUGACCUCCUAACAUACCCAGGCCUUUCUCAGGAUCCUUCCCAAUGUCUCUGUGGUCACUCUGUUACACUGUUUACUUCAACAGAACAAGCCUGAUGGCUUUAU